CUCAGCUUCAGAAAGGGAGGAACCGCUGUUGUGUACAACAGCAUAGAGGAAUCUCCAAGUAAUUGUGAUGAGUGGAAGAUCACAGAUCAAAGUUCCCGAGAGCCCACCAUCCCAUCUCUACAUGAGGCUGAAGUGAGGGUGUCUAGGAGAAAGGGCUUUGCCCUGCCCAGGGCCAGAAUGACCAAGCCCCGGCUCUUCCGCUUGUGGCUGGCCCUGGGGUCGGUCUUCAUGAUCCUGCUGAUCAUCGUAUACUGGGACAACGUGGGCACUGCCCACUUCUACCUGCACACAGCGGUCUCCAGGCCGCACUCUCCAGGGCCCCUCCCCACCCCGGGGCAGGGGCCGGAGAAGGAGCUCUCAGCUGAUGUGGAUGAGUUUUUGGAGAAGCUCCUCAGUUCUGACACGAAGCAGAAUGUCCUUUCCAGUAAAAAGACGGAGCAGCCGCCACCUCCCGUCUCCGGCAGACCCGUGCUGGGCAACAUGGAGGAGAGCGUGCGGGGCUACGACUGGUCCACCCACGACGCCCAGCAGAACCCGGACCCCGUGGAGCGGCAGGCGGAGAGGAGGAGCGUGCUGCGGGAGUUCUGUGCCAACGCCAGCUUCGUGUUCCCGGCCAAGGAGCGCUCCUUCGAUGACAUUCCCAACUACGAGCUGAACCACCUCAUCGUGGACGACCGCCACGGCGUCAUCUACUGCUACGUGCCCAAGGUGGCCUGCACCAACUGGAAGCGCGUGAUGAUCGUGCUCAGCGAGAGCCUCCUGGACCAGGGCGUGCCCUACCGCGACCCCCUGGACAUCCCACGGGAGUACGUGCACAACUCCAGCACGCACCUGACCUUCAACAAGUUCUGGCGCCGCUACGGGAAGUUCUCCCGCCACCUCAUGAAGAUCAAGCUCAAGAAGUACACCAAGUUCCUCUUCGUGCGGGACCCCUUUGUGCGCCUCAUCUCGGCCUUCCGCAGCAAGUUUGAGCUGGAGAACGAAGAGUUCUACCGCAAGUUCGCCGUGCCCAUGCUGCAGAUGUACUCCAACCACACCAGCCUGCCCGCCUCGGUCAGCGAGGCGUUCAGCGCGGGCCUCAAGGUGUCCUUCUCCAACUUCAUCCAGUACCUGCUGGACCCCCACACGGAGAAGCUGGGGCCCUUCAACGAGCACUGGCGGCAGGUGCACCGCCUCUGUCACCCCUGCCAGAUCGACUAUGACUUUGUGGGGAAGUUGGAGACGCUGGACCAGGACGCUGCCCAGCUGCUGCGGCUCCUCAAGGUGGACAAGAACCUACACUUCCCCCCCAGCUACCGGAACAGAACUGCCAGCAGCUGGGAGGAGGACUGGUUCGCCAAGAUCCCCCUGGCCUGGAGGCAGCAGCUGUACAAACUCUAUGAGGCAGAUUUUGUUCUCUUUGGCUACCCCAAGCCUGAGAACCUGCUUAGAGACUAGAGGCCUUUAGGGGGACAUCCUGGACACCAAAAAAAAAAAAAACAAAACAAACUGUGCUGAUGUUGUGACUUCAAAUGAAGGGUCUGCUGAGCCAUGGCCAUAUUCCUGAGGGCGGAGUGACCAGUGACCACACAUAUUUUCCUAGGACUUCGCUUCCUUCCCGGUUUGGCACUUUGCAGUUCCGCAGUGCUCCUGGAAUUGGCCACACCCACACUCCAGUUUUUAAAAUAAUCUACGAUUUUGCAAUCUAGACUCAUUGUUGACUCCACUGCCUCUAUUCAUUGAGUACAGUGUUAAUAUUGUUUUUUUAAGAUUAAUAUAUUUCAGAUAUUUAAUAUGGAAAGUGGCGAGGAGAAUAAUGGAGUAAAGAGUCGCAUCUGCUCUGCCUGCCCUGGUGCUUAUUCUGGUGGUGAGAUCGCUGCAGGAGUGGUGAUGGCUGACAGCCAGGCCCCAGAAACUCGACUCUAGGAAGGGAGAUUUGAGGUUUUCCUGGGUUGUCUUCAGCAAAAAAGGAGCAUAAAUUUGAAAUCAGGCCUUACCUGUCUCUGUAAAAAGGUAGCAGACAAACCCUUCAAAAGUGAAAGCCCUUUAUUGUGUGAUAGAGCUGCACAGGGAACAUGGUUAAGCAAGGGUUUGGUAUUUGAGAUCCAGUCAGAGGAAAACUGUCCUUCCAGGUCACAGUUAGAGCAGCGGGGUUUUAACUCCAACUGUCCCCUUUCAUUUUUAGAUCAGGGCUGGGUGCAGGUAGGAAUUCACCCUAGGGUCCGUUUCUCCGGCAUCAGCAAGGUGAAGCCCAGAGUGAUUGGGCUAUGGCGUGGCUGCUUGGCCUCAGCUCCAUGAGGAUCCCCUUGAGGACGUGACUGCACCUGUCACCAUUGUCUGUUCUAGUCUCGGGAGACUCUCUUUCAACAUCUGGGUCACGUUCCUUUGCAGUUUUUGCUGUGAGUCUGUAAUGGUGAGGAGUUGACAGUGAUUGUGUGGUUUUUGGGUGUCACGUUUGACCUUGUCUUUUUUGUCUGUAGCAUUUGGUCAGCAGUGCCCACAGAGGUGUGGGCAGUGCACUUAGAAAAACUCCACUUGAGUCUGAGUGUGCGUGUCCCUGCUUUUCCUGGCUCAGAGGUGGUACUGAGACUCCCUUCCCAGACUUGAGACUCCCUGGUGUUAGAAACCAUCUGCUUUCCUUUGUAUGAAGCCCUCAUUUUUAUUUAUUAUUUAUUUUUUUAAAAGAUUUAUUUAUUUUUAUACAAGAGCUGCGAUACGGGCCAGAGGCACGGAGAGUGAGAGGAUUCACCAGAGACAGAGCAGGGAGCAGAACAGGCAGACGACAGAAAUACACUGCUGAGGGGAGCAGCGGGCAUGACAGGAGAGGUCUGCCGCGCCAUGUGGGAUUCUCGCCAGCUGACUGGGAUCGAACCCACGCUGCAGAGGCUGCGAACAGUUUUACAGUGCUGUGCUCAACCUGCUGCGCCACCAGGGAGGCCCCCCUCAUUUUUAUAAAAACAAAACACAGCAAAGAUACUAAACCCAAGGAGUCCAGUUUUAGAAUAAUUAGCUGCAGGACCACUGUCGUCUGGCUCUCUGCCUGGACACCUGUUCCCCCAGAAAUUGUCUGUCACUUGUACACCAGCUGGGCGUUAGAUCACCAAGUGGACAAGGUGGCUCUGCCUUCUGGGAACUUCGUGAUCUAAUGUGUGAGAGAGUGGGACCCCGUCCUACACCAGUGCCUUCAAGGACAGUGUGUCAGGGGAGAGCAUGAAGGCAGGCCUCCUGAGAAGGAAGUGGUCUUUGGGCUUGACCAGAAGGGUGGGUGAGGUUUUGUUGUUCAGGGUAGCGUGGGUAGCAUCAUGUAUGGGGAUGGUAGGUAAUACCUGCUGGCAUUUAUUGCUCCUUUAAUCUCCUCUCUGAGAUUAUUAGUGUCUUCUCUAGUGACACAGCAAGCAAAGACUAGGGAGAGGCAGGACCUGGAACUGGGCGCGACUGCAGCCAUGGUGGGUGCGCUUCAUCCCCACCCACAGGGACCUGCCAGGUCGCAGGCUCUGAGAGGAGACGGGGUGUGGAGUCUGGCGCCUUGACAGGACAGGCCAGCAAUUGAAAUUUCACUUAAAAGGCAGCAGCGAGGUGUUGAGGUUUUGGGCUGGAGGAGUCUGGGUGCUUUGGAGUCUGUCUGAUGUGGGUGUGUGGAGUGAAGGGACAGAGAAACCAGUCAGCAGGCAGCUGUAGGCACCCGCAGGGAAGGGGCCACACCCGGGAUGUGGGGUGAAGAAGAUGUGGCAGGGCCUGGUGACUGGAAGGGCAGGUCCACUCUGGGGAAGAGGUGCCACCUUUUCCUUCUGGCCUUUUCUCAGGUAUGAGGAACGGGGCUGGGAAUGCCAGAGAUGGUCAUUACUUAGCAAUACGUUUCCCUGGGGGCAGGGUCAGCCAAGUGCUUGAUUACAGGGAGGCUGCUUCAUGCCUCUGCAGGGCAGGGUCUUCCCUGUGAAGGAAGAGAGAAGCAGGAAGAAAUUAGGAAAAUGUAGCAAAGACCUUUCUUCUGAUCAGUAACUUUUUAUAAACCACUCUGUGUGAAACACAGAUUUGACCGGUGCCUUUGUCCUGCAAGUCACAUGUCACAAUGUUAGAAGUGAGUUGAGAGAAUGUCUUGAGAAGAGCGCAUGGAACAGUUUCAUCUGCCUUACGGAUACCUAACACUGUGGGUUUCACUCCUGUGUUAUAAUUUUGAGUAAUGUAUUCUUCCGAAAAAGCCAUGAUGUUUAAAGUAACCACCUCAUGAUUUCACAGUACCUCUUACCCAUUGGGGUGAGCCUGGCACUCCUUCUGUGGUGUUCAGACAGACCUCAGACACACCAGGCAGUGAGCAAUUCAAGGACAAGACGCGUCUCAUUUGUGGCUUUAUCGCUGGGUCUUCUCAGUGUUUUCCUAGGUUGACUUUCCUGAGUGUCAGGGACACAUUUGCAGGGCUGUUGGAGGGCUGUUGGAGGUCCAGGGGCUGGUUGGAGAAAAUGCCAGGUGCAUCCACACACCCACCCAUGUGCCCUUGCCAGGUCCCAGCUGCUGCCUGAGGCUGAGGUCCAAUGGCAGAGAAGGAAGACGGACUCGAGGGAGAGAGGGGAGUCUCCCUCAGCGCCUUCCUGGGCCGUGUGCCUGGGAACUCCUAUUCCUCAUUCUUUGCCCUUUGCCUAACCACAGAACAAUAUCUUGUAGAGAAGUUGAGCUCUAUAUCGUUUUUUCUGCUAAGAAAUACUAUUAAAAGUUUUUAAAUUGAUAUUGUACAGUUAGAUAAUUUAACCAAACAAUUCCAUGAACUUAACAUUCUUGAACUGUUUGCCUCUGGCCUCCAAGUCUCAUCAGUACAUUUACCCCCAGUCCUAAUGAUGCUGUGGUUUGUGGCACAAAAUGAUGUGCCGGGUAUCCUUCCUGCGUCUCCAGCGUAGUGGCCAGCGUACUAUGCCCAUGUACAGUCAGGCAGCGGGGUGCGGGGGGCUCGCCCCACACCUGAACCGGCGCCAGGCCCCACCUGUCCUGGACUUGGGCCUCCAGCCUAGGGCGCUGUGCAUCUUGUAUCUCACCAGGUAUUUGGCAGGGUUGUGGGGCAUGUCUGGAGGGUGUGUGCAUGUGUGUGGGGUGAGUGUGCAUGUUAUGCUGUCCUUCUUUACGCCUCUAAUGUCUGCUAUCCGUUUUCAUGCGUUCAUUCAGCAUAUUCGCAUAACAGCUUCUAAUGAAUAUGUAGGUGAGUUCUGCUCUAUUGCUUUCAUUAUGUUUUGAAGGAAUUUCCACUUUUGAAGAAUUUUGAGUUUGAUUUUUUUUUUAAAAGAUUUAUUUAUUUAUACAUGCACUGGGUACAGUCAGAAGCGCGGGAGGGUGAGAGAAUUCACCAGAGCCAGAGCCGGGAGCAGAACAGGCAGAAGGACCGAAGUACACUGCUGA